UCAGGGGCAGCGAUGCUCAUUUGAAUCAACGAAACUUGUGGAGGCUUUUAAUUGUCGACUUCUCUCCAGUGGCAUCGGUUUUGGGUUUUUUGUUGGCCACUUUACAGACCACAGGGCUGCUGCAGGGGUUCACCCCGCUGUGAAGAUCAGCAUACAGCCAAGGCUGCAUUUUCCUCAGCAAUAAGGUGUAGCUGCAGCCCCCGCCCACACCGCCUUCCAAGAUGGUGGUGCUGUCGCUGAAGAUCUGCGUUCGCCAGUGCAAUGUUGUGAAGACGAUGCAGUUUGAGCCCUCCACGGCCGUCUAUGACGCCUGCGGGAUCAUCAGAGAGCGGGUCCCCGAGGCUCAGAGUGGACAGGCUUCAGACUACGGUCUGUUUCUGUCUGACGAAGACCCCAGAAAAGGAAUCUGGCUGGAGUCUGGAAGGACGAUGGACUACUACAUGCUCCGCAAUGGGGACAUCCUUGAAUACAAGAAGAAGCAGAGGCCCCAGAAAAUCAAAAUGUUGGACGGAGCGGUUAAAACCAUCAUGGUGGACGACUCCAAAACUGUGGGCGAGCUGCUUGUGACUAUAUGCAGUAGAAUAGGCAUCACAAACUAUGAAGAAUACUCUCUGAUCCAGGACACGGUGGAGGAGAAGAAGGAGGACGGGAUGGGCACGCUGAAGAAAGACAGGACGCUGCUGCGAGACGAGAGGAAAAUGGAGAAGCUGAAAGCCAAACUGCACACAGAUGACGACAUGAACUGGCUGGACCACAGCAGGACGUUCAGAGAGCAAGGCGUGGACGAGAACGAGACCCUUCUGCUCAGACGCAAGUUCUUCUACUCCGACCAGAACGUGGACUCCCGAGAUCCUGUCCAACUCAACCUGCUUUACGUGCAGGCUCGAGAUGACAUCCUAAACGGCUCUCACCCCGUAUCGUUUGACAAGGCCUGCGAGUUUGCAGGCAUUCAGGCCCAGAUCCAGUUUGGACCUCACAUAGAGUAUAAACACAAACCUGGAUUCUUAGACAUGAAGGAGUUUCUACCCAAAGAAUACAUCAAGCAGAGAGGAUCUGAGAAGAAAAUAUUCCAGGAUCACAACAGCUGUGGAGAAAUGACGGAGAUCGAAGCAAAAGUGAAAUACGUCAAACUUGCUCGCUCUCUGCGGACAUAUGGCGUCUCCUUCUUCCUGGUCAAAGAAAAGAUGAAGAGCAAGAACAAGCUGGUGCCGCGGCUCCUGGGGAUCACCAAAGAGUCUGUGAUGAGAGUGGAGGAGAAGACCAAAGAUGUAGUUCAGGAGUGGCCACUUACCACCGUGAAGAGGUGGGCGGCCUCACCCAAGAGCUUCACCCUGGACUUUGGGGAAUACCAGGAAAGCUAUUACUCAGUGCAGACCACUGAAGGGGAACAGAUCUCUCAGCUCAUUGCUGGUUACAUCGACAUCAUCCUCAAAAAGAAGCAAAGCAAGGACCGCUUUGGAUUAGAGGGCGAUGAGGAGUCCACCAUGCUUGAAGAAUCCGUAUCCCCGAAAAAGUCCACCAUCCUUCAGCAGCAGUUUAAUCGCGUGGGCCGGAUGGAGCAUGGCUCAGUGGCGCUGCCAGGGGUGAUUCGCUCCGGCUCCAUUGGCACAGAGUCGCUCAGCAUGGGCACCAUGCCAUCUGCUCAACAGCAGAUCACAAUGGGUCAGAUGCACCGUGGACACAUGCCACCGCUUAGUUCAGCACAGCAGGCUCUGAUGGGAACCAUCAACACCAGUAUGCAAGCUGUGCAGAAGGCCCAGAUUGACCUAGGGGAGGUGGACAACCUGCCACCACUGGGACAGGACAUGGCAUCCAAGGUUUGGAUCCAGAACAAGAUGGAUGAGUCCAAACACGAGAUCCACUCACAGGUCGACGCCAUCACUGCAGGAACGGCCUCCGUUGUCAACCUCACAGCUGGCGAUCCAACUGACACGGACUACACCGCCGUGGGCUGCGCCAUCACCACCAUCUCCUCCAACCUGACAGAAAUGUCAAAGGGUGUGAAGCUGCUGGCUGCACUGAUGGAGGACGACAUGGGCGGAGGUAAUGACCUGAUGAGGGCUGCCAGGACACUAGCAGGGGCCGUGUCUGACCUGCUUAAGGCUGUUGAGCCGGCUUCUGGAGAGCCCAGACAGACCGUGCUGACGGCAGCAGGCAGCAUCGGCCAGGCCAGUGGAGACCUCCUGCGCCAGAUUGGAGAGAGCGAGACGGACGAGAGGUUCCAGGACAUCCUGAUGAAUCUGGCCAAAGCAGUCGCCAACGCCGCAGCCAUGAUGGUGCUGAAGGCCAAGAACGUGGCCCAGGUUGCGGAGGACGGCGUGCUCCAGAACCGCGUCAUUGCUGCUGCCACCCAGUGUGCCCUGUCCACCUCUCAGUUGGUGGCCUGCGCCAAGGUGGUGAGUCCCACUAUCAGUUCACCGGUUUGCCAGGAGCAGUUGAUUGAAGCCGGAAAGCUGGUGGAUCGCUCUGUGGAGAGCUGCGUCCAGGCCUGCCUCUCAGCCACAGAAGAUGGCGAGCUCCUCAAACAGGUGAGCGCAGCGGCCAGCGUGGUGAGUCAGGCUCUGGGAGAUCUCCUGCAGCAUGUCCGUCAGUACACCUCCAGGGGAGAGCCUAUCGGGCGCUACGACCAGGCCACAGACACCAUCAUGACCGUCACCGAGAACAUCUUCAGCUCGAUGGGAGACGCAGACAUUCAUGGUGCCCAGAGGAUGAAGCCUGACAUUGGAGAGAUGGUUCGUCAGGCGCGGGUGUUGGCUCAGGCUACCUCCGACCUGGUGAAUGCCAUGAGGUCUGACGCUGAGGCCGAGGUGGACGUGGACAACUCUAAGAAGUUGCUGGCGGCUGCUAAACUGCUGGCUGACGCCACCGCAAGGAUGGUAGAGGCAGCAAAGGGUGCAGCUGCGUACCCAGAGAAUGAGGACCAGCAGCAAAGACUGAGGGAGGCUGCAGAGGGGCUGCGUGUGGCCACCAACGCUGCUGCUCAGAAUGCCAUUAAGAAGAAACUGAUCAACAGACUGGAGAAUGCCGCCAAGCAAGCUGCUGCUGCGGCCACGCAGACCAUCGCUGCUGCUCAAAACGCUGCUGCCUCCAACAAGAACACUGCUGCUCACCAGCAGCUGGUGCAGAGCUGUAAGGCAGUGGCGGACCACAUCCCACAACUCGUCCAGGGGGUGCGCGGCAGUCAGGCCAAAGCAGAGGACAUCAGUGCACAACUAGCGCUCAUCAUUGCCAGCCAGAACUUCUUACAGCCGGGAAGUAAGAUGGUGACCUCGGCCAAAUCCUCCGUUCCCACGGUAACGGAUCAAGCUGCAGCCAUGCAACUGGGUCAGUGUGCCAAGAACCUGGCCACCUGCCUGGCUGAGCUGAGGACGUCUGCACAGAAGGUAGUGCACAGGCGCAAAGAGGCACUCUCACAUGAGUGCAUGCAGGCUCAUGAAGCCUGCGGCCCCAUGGAGAUCGACUCUGCGCUCACUGCCAUCCAGACCCUGAGAUGUGAGCUGCAAGAUGCCAUGCUGGCUGCCGUUAAUGCCCAACUGAAACCACUACCUGGAGAAUCGUUGGAGAAGUGUGCUCAGGAUCUGGGCAGCACUUCUAAGUCGGUGGGAUCCUCCAUGGCUCAGCUGCUCACCUGUGCUGCACAAGGAAACGAGCACUACACAGGAAUAGCAGCCAGGGAGACGGCUCAGGCCCUGAGAACCCUGGCCCAGGCGGCCCGCGGCGUCGCCGCCUCCACCACAGACCCCAAUGCUGCGGCAGCCAUGCUGGACUCCGCUCGGGAUGUUAUGGAGGGCUCGGCGCUUCUCAUUCAUGAGGCCAAGCAGGCACUGAUUUCCCAAGGAGACGCUGAGAGUCAGCAGAGGCUGGCGCAGGUGGCCAAGGCUGUGUCUCAUUCCCUGAAUAACUGCGUCAACUGUCUGCCCGGCCAGAAGGAUGUGGACAUGGCUCUCAAGAGCAUCGGGGAGGCCAGCAAGAAGCUGCUGAUUGAAACUAUCCCUCCAGCCUCCAGGUCCUUCCAGGAAGCCCAGAGCGGGCUGAGCCAAACGGCAGCCGAGCUGAACCAGUCGGCCGGCGACGUGGUCCACGCCUCCAGAGGCUCCAGCAGCCAGCUGGCGAUGGCGUCUGGCAAGUUCAGCGAAGACUUUGAUGAGUUCCUGGAUGCUGGUAUAGAGAUGGCCGGGCACACUCAGAAAAAGGACGACCAGGUGCAGGUGAUUGGUAACCUGAAGAACAUCUCGAUGGCCUCUAGCAAGCUGCUGCUGGCAGCCAAGAGUCUGUCAGUCGACCCUGCAGCAGCAAAUGCCAAGAACCUGCUCUCUGCAGCUGCAAGGGCAGUGACUGACAGCAUUAACCAGCUGAUCACGCUGUGCACACAGCAGGCUCCUGGCCAGAACGAGUGUGACAACGCCCUGAGAGAGUUGGAGGCUGUCAGAGGAAUGCUGGACAAUCCCAACGAGCCGGUCAGUGACCUCUCCUACUUCGACAGCAUCGAGAGUGUGAUGGAGAACUCCAAGGUCCUGGGAGAGUCGAUGGCAGGUAUUUCUCAGAACUGCAAGACUGGAGAUGUGUCGGCGUUUGGAGACAGCGUGGGAUCAGCCUCAAAAGCCCUUUGUGGCCUCACUGAAGCUGCGGGUCAGGCCGCCUAUCUGGUGGGUGUGUCUGAUCCCAACAGUCAGGCAGGGCAUCAGGGGUUAGUGGAUCCCAUCCAGUUUGCCAAAGCCAACCAGGCAAUCCAGAUGGCCUGUCAGAACCUCGUGGACCCCGACAGUAGUCCCUCCCAGGUGCUCUCUGCAGCCACCAUUGUCGCUAAGCACACCUCGGCGCUGUGCAACGCCUGCCGACUGGCUUCCUCCAGGACGACCAACCCAGUCGCCAAGAGGCACUUUGUCCAGUCCGCCAAGGAGGUGGCCAACAGCACCGCCAACUUGGUCAAAACCAUCAAGGCUUUAGAUGGGGAUUUCUCAGAUGAGAACAGGGGCAAGUGUCGAGUCGCCACAGCUCCGCUCAUCGAGGCUGUUGAAAACCUCACAACAUUUGCUUCCAACCCCGAGUUUGCCAGCAUCCCGGCUCAAAUCAGCAAUGAGGGCUUUGCGGCACAGGAGCCCAUCCUCCAAUCGGCGCGCUCCAUGCUUGACAGCUCCACCUACCUGCUCAAGACUGCACGCUCAUUGGUUAUCAACCCCAAAGACCCGCCCACCUGGUCUGUUCUGGCUGGUCACUCUCGUACCGUGUCCGACUCCAUCAAGAGUCUCAUCACAGCCAUCCGGGACAAGGCCCCAGGCCAGCGGGAGUGCGACUCGUCAAUUGAUAACAUCAACAAAAGUAUCCGGGACAUUGAGCAGGCCUCUCUCGCAGCAGUCAGCCAGAACUUAGCAAGCAGGGACGACAUCUCACUGGAGGCGCUUCAAGAUCAGCUGACGUCCACUGUGCAGGAAAUUGGCCAUUUAAUUGACCCGGUUUCCACCGCUGCCAGGGGCGAAGCUUCCCAACUAGGACAUAAGGUGACCCAGUUGGCCCGUUACUUUGAACCGCUGAUCAUGGCCUCUGUGGGUGUGACAUCCAAGCUGAGGGACCACCAGCAACAGAUGACUUUCCUGGACCAAACUAAGACCCUGGCUGAGUCCGCCCUGCAGAUGCUCUACGCUGCCAAGGAGGGUGGAGGAAACCCAAAGGCGUCCCAUACCCACGAUGCCAUAGCGGAGGCAGCGCAGCUCAUGAAGGAGGCGGUUGAUGAUAUCAUGGUGACUCUGAAUGACGCUGCCAGUGAAGUGGGAAUGGUGGGAGGAAUGGUGGAUUCCAUCGCAGAGGCCAUGGCCAAGCUGGAUGAAGGUACACCACCUGAACCCGAGGGCUCGUUUGUAGAUUACCAGACCAGUAUGGUGAAACACUCGAAGGCUAUUGCUGUCACUGCUCAGGAAAUGAUGACCAAAUCAGUGACGUGUCCAGACGAGCUGGGAGGGCUGGCCUCCCAGGUGACCGUGGACUACAGCCAGCUGGCCGUUCAGGGUCGACUGGCUGCUUACACAGCUGAGCCGGAGGAGAUCGGUUUCCAGAUCAAGAGCCGAGUUCAGGAGCUCGGACACGGCUGCAUCUUCCUCGUCCAGAAGGCCGGAUCUCUGCAGAUCACUCCCUCUGACGGCUUCACCAAACGAGAGCUCAUCGAAUGUGCCCGCGCAGUCACAGAGAAGGUGUCCCUGGUGCUCUCGGCCCUCCAGGCAGGCAACAAGGGCACUCAGGCCUGCAUCACAGCAGCCAGCGCAGUGUCUGGCAUCAUCGCCGAUCUGGACACCACCAUCAUGUUCGCCUCCGCCGGAACACUCAACGCCGAGGAUGACGAGUCCUUCGCUGACCACAGGGAAAACAUUUUGAAGACAGCCAAGGCUCUGGUGGAGGACACCAAGAUGCUCGUGUCCGGUGCGGCUUCCGGUCAGGACCGGUUGGCUCAGGCCGCCCAUUCUUCUGCCAGAACAAUUACCCAGCUCACAGAUGUGGUUAAACUGGGAGCUGCCAGUAUUGGCUGUGAUGACCCUGAGACGCAGGUGGUUCUGAUAAACGCUGUCAAAGAUGUGGCCAAGGCGCUGGCCGAGCUCAUUAGUGCCACCAAGUGUGCCGCUGGCAAGGCAGCAGAUGAUCCAUCGAUGUACCAGCUGAAGAGCGCUGCCAAGGUGAUGGUGACCAACGUGACGUCCCUGCUGAAGACGGUCAAGGCUGUAGAGGACGAGGCCACUCGAGGCACCAGAGCGCUGGAGGCCACGAUCGAGUGCAUCAAACAGGAACUGGCGGUGUUUCGAUCCAGGGAUGUUCCCAACAAGACGACCACACCCGAGGAGUUCAUUCGCAUGACUAAGGGCAUCACCAUGGCAACUGCUAAGGCGGUGGCUGCAGGCAACUCUGCCCGGCAGGAGGACAUCAUCCACACAGCCAACCUCAGCCGCAAGGCCAUUUCAGACAUGCUCACCACCUGCAAGCAAGCGGCCUACCAUCCAGAGGUCAGUGAGGAGGUGAAGAACAGAGCUCUGAUGUUCGGAUCAGAGUGCACCACCGGAUACAUCGCUCUGCUGGAGCAAGUGCUCGUGCUCCUGCAGAAGCCCACUGCAGAUCAGAAGCAGCAUCUGGCAGCUUGCUCCAAACGAGUGGCAGGAGCCGUCACAGAGCUCAUUCAGACCGCCGAGGCCAUGAAAGAUGGAGGUUCAGAGUGGGUGGACCCUGAGGAUCCAACGGUGAUCGCAGAAACGGAGCUGCUGGGAGCCGCGGCGUCCAUCGAAGCGGCAGCGAAGAAGCUGGAGCAGCUCAAACCCCGAGCCAAGCCCAAGCAAGCGGACGAGACGCUGAACUUCGAGGAGCAGAUCCUGGAGGCAGCCAAGUCCAUCGCUGCAGCCACCAGCGCUUUGGUCAAAUCGGCCUCGGCUGCUCAGAGGGAGCUGGUGGCUCAGGGAAAAGUGGGCCUCAUCCAGGCCAACGCUGUGGACGACGGACAGUGGUCCCAGGGGCUCAUCUCCGCUGCCCGUAUGGUAGCAGCAGCGACCAGCAACCUGUGUGAGGCCGCCAACGCCUCCGUGCAAGGCCACGCAAGUGAGGAGAAGCUCAUUUCUUCAGCCAAACAGGUGGCUGCUUCCACCGCCCAGCUGCUGGUGGCCUGUAAGGUGAAGGCUGACCAGGACUCAGAGGCCAUGAGGAGACUACAGAUUGCUGGGAAUGCAGUUAAGAAGGCGUCGGACAACUUGGUGCGGGCCGCUCAGAAGGCAGCGUUCGACAAAGCAGAUGAAGACAACGUGGUGGUCAAGACUAAGUUUGUGGGUGGAAUAGCUCAGAUCAUUGCAGCCCAGGAAGAGAUGCUGAGAAAGGAGAGAGAGCUGGAAGAAGCCAGAAAGAAACUGGCUCAGAUCAGACAGCAGCAGUACAAGUUCCUGCCCAGCGAACUACGAGAGGACAACAACUAAAUAUUCAAACUGGCAUUAUGCAGACGCUUGAAGCCGUGCGAAGAGCACAUCUGUGUUUGUGUCCUUUUUUUUUUUUUUUUUUUUUGAACGGCACACUUCAACAGGUAUGUGGCCUACGGAGACUUCCCAUAUGUUGUGAUUUUAACAAAAAGCAGUAAUGCCCGAAGUCUGCAGCGAGUCCACGUCACAUGGAAAGAUCUCAAAAGAUUGAAACACUACUGUAUGGAACUGACUACUCUCUGAAAACAACGUAAAGAUGGCAGUGAUUCGACUGAAGAACUGCUUUUUGUCCUCAUGUAUAGCCUAACUGACUGAUCCAAUGUGAAGCAGAAUGUGACACGCUUGGGACAAACGGCGCCGCCCACAAGCUACAGUUUAUUCUCAGUUUUUUUCCUCUUUUUACAAAUCGCAGCUCUAGUUCAUAAACUUCUAAGGUGAAGAAAUGAUUGUAUCGCUCUUGUGAUAUAACCUCAGCGUCACUCGGAGAGCACUCUGAUAUUGUACGAAUGUUUGGCACCUUUAAUAUCUGCUUAAUUCAUGUGAUAAAUUCCCUGGUCAUCAACACUACACAAGGUAGGGUACAUAUUGGCGUUUCUUGGACCAUACUGACUCUUUUUAAAUUAGACGGUGAUAUAAGCGUCUUCGCUUUUCUUUUUGUUAUUUUAAUGCGGAUAUUGACGGGCUCUACACGUCUUUUUUUAAAGGUGCAACGAAUGUUUAUCUCAAGCUCUUGAAUUAUUGGUGUCAUCACGUGCAGCCGCUCGGACUCGAGUAGAACGUUUUUGCAUUUUUCUACACAGGAUGACGUUUUACCAUUAGAAGGAAUAUUUAUUACUCUCGAGUAUUUUUUUAGCAGAAAAGGGUCAAGACUUAUUUUCCACCACUAGCAGAAAACUUCCCCAAUCCCUCAAACAUCCUUUCUGUUUGUUCUCUCUUAUCAUUUCGUGCAUUGAGACCCACAUACAGUAUAAACAGGAUUUGAUCAUGAUGCAAUAACAUAGAUGGUGCUUUAGGGGGCGGUAUUGGUUCCCCUUAAACCAUGCAAACUUAAAGUGAUAAUAUAGGAGAUGAUAUUGUAUAAUUGAGCUUAUUUUACUUUUAAGUGUAGAACAUGUGGUUAGAGGAACCAGGCAGGUGGAUUGGCUACACCAUCAUGCAAAAUAUGAAUAACUGUAAAUACCUCCGACGUCUUGAAUCAAUUGAACGCCGUGCUUUUGGUCUGAUGGUUCCUACCCUGCCCCCCCUGUUCCUCUGGGUGUUUUCUAUCUAGCCGUUAGUGGUUGAAGUACUUUCUCCAGCGAUACUCAAUCACUCAUCCACCUCCCAAUUCUAAAGAAGCAAAAUUGAAAAUCUUAACAUAACUUGGCAAUAAGCGAACUGUAACAAACAAAAUAAUUAAAAUAAGUGGAUUGAAAGUGAAGUGACUGCAUCACUAAUCAUUGCAGUUCAUCUCCAUCAGUCUCUGAAUCUAAGGGUGCUCUGUGCGACUUUACUGAACAUACUACUCGCUGCAAUAGAAGAACCUUUUUUUUGUUUACCGAGUUUUGAUUGUAGUGUGUUUGUUUCCCUCGUCUUACUUUAUGUGGGCUGUGUGUUUCGAUAUUAAACUACAGUGCAUAUCGUAAGAUUAGGUACUGCUGUGAAGAUGCAUGGCUUUGUGCUUCAGAUGCAUCUCUUUGUUUAUACGGAGUUCAAACUUUUAAGGAUGCAAGGAGUGAUUCUGACCUCCGCGUACAACAUGGUAUACCAAGACAGACCGUCACUUCUCAGUUGGUUUUUUUACAGUUUGGUCUGAAUUCAAAGGUGUUUUCUGGCAUUGUAUUUCGUGUGUGAGUGUGGGUGGGGGGGCGGUGGGAGGGCGGGUCCACUACUCAUCAGUCAAGUCUGUAGUGUUAUUAUUAGUGCCUUAGUCCGUAGCCCAUACAGUGUCUGGUCUGCUUGAGUGACAGCUUCACCUCUAGGUCAGUAGAAGCUACUGGAUGAGCAAUUGUUUGGGAAUGUAGGUUCAUGUCCGUGGGUGGGGUGGGGGGGGUUUCUUACUUUUGUUGUCCCACUUGUUAACGUACUGUUCCUCCUAAGUGCUCAACCAACUGCAUCCCCUCUUUCUCUUUUACUCUCUCUGCCACAUGUAAGGCCUUUUCGGGAUGACAUGGGAACUGUCCGCCAGUCAAAGAAAUGUGUUGCUGUAUACCAUCAGUAUAUACAUAUAUAUAUAUAUAUACUUAUAUAUAUAUAUAUAUAUGUAUGUAUAUAAGUAUAUAUAUGAAACAUAUGAACACAUUUUUGUACUGCAUUCCAUGGGCAUGUACCACAGUGCUUCUAAACUACGACAGACUGGAGAUUUUGUCAACUGCUUUAUUGUAUGUUAUGAAGUCCCAGAAGUUUUAUGGAUUGGCUGUUUUUCUGUUCUUGUGCUUUUUAAGCCUCCACGAAAGAUAAAUGUGACGAGAACAUCUCGAUAUAUAUCUGUCGCCAUUAAGAUGUCGUGACGCAUUUCAAUGAUGUGGAGUAAUUGAAGUGUUCUGUACGUUUGUCCCUCCCUUAACAGAAAUAAAUUGAUGACGUUACUACAAUUAAGAUUGAUUGAGUGAUAAUAUAAAAGAUAUUUAUCUGGCCAUCGACAAAACUAUUUUUUGUAUUCACUGAAAAUAAAGCAUUUCAAUGUAA